GCAGCCGCUGCUAGGCCUCGGGUGAGCCGGCAGUCCUCGGCAGGGCACGAGUCCGGGAAGCUUUCGGACUCUCUCGGGAACGCCCCCGCGGCACGCUCCGCCCCGGAAACACGCCCCCAGCCGCCUAGGCGCGCUUUUAAAACAGGCGCUGUUCUAUUUCUUGUUUGUUUCGCCGGGUCGCGGCCACCCGGGGAGCUUCGUUCUCCUGUCUUAAACCUGCGGCCCCUCGCGCACCGCGGGACCCCCCCCUCCGAACCCGCGCGGCGAUGAGGAGGACCCGCGACGAGGUGGACGCGACCCUGCAGAUCGCCAAGCUGAACGCGGCCGAGCUGCUGCCCACCGUGCACUGCCUGGGCUUCGGCCCCGGGGCCAGCGCAGCCGCCGGCGACUUCUGCCUGCUCGAGUUGGAGCCCGCGCUGUGCCAGCAGCUUGAGGCAGGACACAGUCUUGUGAUUCGUGGUGAUAAGGAUGAGAAUGCCGUUCUGUGCAGUAAAGACAAAACAUAUGACAUGAAAAUAGCAGACACUUCCAAUAUGUUGCUUUUUAUUCCUGGUUGUAAAACUCCAGACCAGAUGAAGAUGGAAGAGACACACUGUAACAUUAUUCACACUGAGAUCUUUGGUUUUUCUAAUAAUUACUGGGAAUUAAGAAGAUGCAGACCUAAAUUAAAGAAGCUAAAGAAACUUUUGAUGGAAAAUACCUAUGAAGGACCUGACAGUCAAAAAGAAAAGGAUUCAAAUGACUCAAAAUAUACAACUGAAGAUUUGCUUGAUCAAAUUCAGGCAAGUGAGGAAGAAAUAAUGGCCCAGUUACAAGUUCUAAAUGCCUGUGAGAUUGGAGGUUAUUGGAGGAUUCUUGAAUUUGAUUAUGAGAUGAAACUUCUGAAUCACAUAACUCAGCUUGUGGAUUCUGAAUCUUGGUCUUUUAGUAAAGUUCCCUUGAAUACAUGCCUUCAGGAACUUGGACCAUUAGAGACAGAGGAAAUGAUCGGACACUGUCUUAAAUGUUAUGGAAAGAAAUAUACAGAGGAAGGUGAAGUUUAUUUUGAAUUGAGUGCAGAUAAAAUAUGCAGAGCUACAGCACAAAUGCUACUUCAGAAUGCAGUGAAAUUCAAUCUCGCCGAGUUUCAAGAAGUGUGGCAACAGAGUGUUCCUGAAGGAGUGAUGACUAGGCUUGAUCAGCUUAAGGGUUUAGCCUUGGUGGAUAGACACUCAAGACCAGAAAUCAUAUUUUUGCUGAAAGUAGAUGAUUUACCUGAGGAUAAUCAGGAACGUUUUAAUAGUCUAUUCUCUCUGAGGGAGAAGUGGACAGAAGAAGAUAUUGCUCCAUAUAUUGAAGAUUUGUGUGGAGAGAAGCAAACCAUUGGUGCAUUACUCACUAAAUAUUCUCGCUCUUCGAUUCAAAAUGGUGUUAAAGUUUAUAACUCAAGAAGACCCAUUUCUUAAAAAGAACAACAGUCUUGUCUUUGUGACUAAAGUUGCUUUGUAAGGUUGCUGGUUAUAAGAAAACUUUUUAUGUAUUUGUAUACCAGACUUUUAAAAACCUAAUUCUUUGAGGCAUUUUUCUCCUCCUCUUAUGCAUUUUAAAACUACUGCUCUUUUUUUUCUUAAACGUAAUAGGGUAUUUUAUAUCUUUCAGGUUAUAUUUGUGUUAUGUACACAGUGAAAACAAGGACAAAAGAAAGUGUUAUUUCCUGUAUUUCGUGUCUCUUAGUAGUCUUUGUGGGUUUAUUUAUAGAAUAACAGUUUUGCUUUCUUUAUAUUUAAAAUUGCAUUUCUUUCAUUAGGAUUUGACAUUCUAAUUAUUAAUAAAUUUAAGUUUUCAGAGAGCUAAAUAGUUUCCUAGAAGAGAAUUAUUUAUUCACUUAAAUGUCAUUUCUCAAGUCAGUUCCCCUCUACUUUUGACUUUCCACCAAAACAGGAAGUCACAUGAUGCUAUAUCAUUUAUCUAAAUUAGUUGUUUAUAUUGAUGAAAUUGGCUUGACAGUUGCUCCUGUUCACCUGGCUGAUGUAGAUACGAUUUCAGAGAGACAGCAGUGAGCGGUUCUAAAGAGAGAUCUUAGUUCCCUGCCCAGGAAUUGAACCUAGGUAGCCUGGAUGAAAACCAGGGAUCCCUAGCCACUAGUCCAGCAGGGGCUACAGGCUAGAAGCAAAGUUCCCCUGGCUCUUGCCCGGUUUGAAAGCAAGAAUGUUUCUAGAAGGCAAAAACUGUAAAAAACAGGUACAAAGUUUAUUAUUAGAGACAUGGCACAAGUGGGAGAGCACACAGAAGAACAGAUUGUUUAAGACAGAAGCAAGGCAGAAAUACACACCUAGAGAGAAAGGGUGUGGGUGUCCUCCCUACCGAGGAGGAGGGCAGUAAAGAGGUGAUUUAAAUCACUUACAUAGGACAGUUUUUCCAGGUCUUUGUUUAUCUUUGGCCAAUUAUCUUGUUUCUUUUCCCACAGCUGACCUGUUCUAGGACACUCCCUAACAUGCAUGCCCAACUUUUUGCUAAGGUGGAUUCCACUGCAGAGGCUUGUGGGGAUGUGUCCACACUUAUCACGGGUGGCACCCCUCUCUCUUUUGACCUCCAAGGAGUUUUCCUGUGCCUGUGCAGUCAGGGAAAUUUCCUUGACCUCAGGAGUGGUCAUCUUAUCUCUUUACAUCAGCAGAGGUCAGCUUCUGCCACUAGCUUUGUCCUUGGAGUAUGGGGGGGAAAACAAAGCUUCAAUUUUACUUCACUUGACAGACACCAGGUGUCCAGCCCAGGGGCCCAUCUACUUCCCACCUCAGAUAUGCACUCUGGGAUGAAAGUUUGCGUACUCCCUCUCUGCUUCUUUGUCUCCCAUUCUUUCCUUAACCCAGUGACCUCUCUUUAACCCAAUUGCAUCUAUCUCCCUAAAUAUCCUCCAUCUUCCAUGCAAAAUGGUGUUAAAGUUUAUAAUUCAAGAAGACCCAUUUCAGUACUAAUCCUAAAUGAAUGCUAACAGUAGUUUAUAAUCCUAUAAUAAAGGGUACUGACACAGGUAAUACUCGAAAACUACAAGUAAUCUCUGGCUGGUUUUGGAAUGCUUGAUAAAGUUCCUUUACAUCUUCAUUUUCCUAGUGUGUUUUCGUUUAGACCAAAGUUCAAAUUAAUUUUAACUUAGCUAAUGAACUUGUCACCAAGACAGUUGGAAGGGGUAGGCCAAGGUUAAAUCUGGUCUGAAGUUAAUUUUUUUUUUCUUUAACUGCAUAAUCCACAAUUAACCAAGAUUUAGCUGUUAUUGGAAUUUCCAACUGUUUUAUUUUCAUGCAUAAAACGCAAAUACGAUGGCUUCAAAAUAUUUGUCCGGUGUUUCAAUAAAUUCUGCGUCUAUAUAA